CUGCCUCAGAUCAACUUCUCUCACCUAUCAACUCAUUUAUCUGAAUUCAAGUUAGUGUUUCCUCCAUCAGAUAUCACAAACAUACCCUUUCAUCAUUCAACUCACAGCCUGAACUCAAAAGACUAUUUGUAGGGGCUCAUGAAAAUGUCAUCUUGAAAGCAUCACCAAACUCGUCUCACCUGAAGAUAUCGCAAACCCUCACAAUGCUGUCACUACGCAGCAUCCCCGGGAUUCUGUUCCGCAUUAGACCCUCAAUACAACAUUCCACCCGCCAAACCCGCCUCUUCUCCGCCCUCGCAGCCUCACCAAAAUCAAAGACACAAGUCUACACCUCAGACUCCCGCGACCCCUACGUAAACCUCUCCAUCGAGCACCACCUCCUCCAAACGACCCCGUCCGACUCGACCGUCCUCUUUCUGUACACAAAUCGUCCCAGCAUCGUCAUCGGCCGCAACCAGAACCCGUGGCUCGAGGUCAACCUCCCCCUCCUAAAGUCUCUCCCCUCGUCCGACGCCAUCGACCUCGUCCGCCGCCGCAGCGGAGGCGGAACGGUGUUCCACGACGAGGGCAAUGUAAACUACUCCGUCAUAUGCCCGCCCGCAAACUUUGACCGCGACACCCACGCGGAGAUGGUCGUCCGCGCCCUCCGCUCCCUCGGCGUCGAGGGUGCCGCCGUCAACUGCCGCCACGACAUUGUCAUGACUCUCCCCCCUCCGCCUUCCUCUUCAGGAACUUCCGCCACAGCCCCGGUGGCCACAACUGAUACCGCCGCCUCCGCAGAGGCAUCAUGCAGCAAGCCCAAAGUCAACGCGGAGAACACGUUCAAGAUCUCAGGCUCGGCGUAUAAGCUCACCCGCCUCCGCUCCCUGCACCACGGAACAUGCCUUCUCUCGUCCCCGAACCUCCCGCGCAUCGGUAGCUUCCUGCGGUCCCCCGCGGAACCCUUCAUCAAGGCCCGCGGCGUGGAGAGCGUGCGCUCGCGCAUCCGCAACGUGGGCAUCACCGACACGUCGACGUUUGAGGACGCGGUGAUUGGUGAGUUUGGAAAGAUGUACGGUGACUUCACCGUCCGGGCGGAACUAGGCGAGAAGGAUGCCCUCGGAGAAGAGAAGGUUAAGAAAGGAAUACAGGAGUUGCAGUCUCGAGAAUGGACAUACGGCCAAACCCCUCUCUUCACCUUCUCUACACAUCCCUCAGAAGAUGACGCGCGGGAACGUCCUCGGCUCCCAGGUAACCCCACUAACUCGGGCCAGUUUAACCUCACAUUCGAAGCCCGCCACGGCCUCAUCCAAAGUUUCUCUCUAUCCGGAUUGUCCUCCGGUCAAGAAGCAACCAAGCUCUCGAAUUCCAUGACGAACACCCAGAUCUGGGAGGUCACAGACUGGGCACAGCGUCUCCGCGCAGAGGGUUUAGACCGAAUCGAAGCGUCGACCGUGGGAGAGUGGUUGAAUUCUAUGUUGGGCAACGGAAAGUGA